AUUGAGCCAGCGAGGAGUGAAGCUGAGUCUGCCUCAUACACUCCUAGAGGACCGCCUUCAGAAUAGAGUUCUUUUCGCCCCUUCCUCCUUCUCCCAGCUCCUCUCCUGGCUUUUCUACCCGCCCAAUACAAUGCAUGCUCGAGUGGCAGCCCCAGAGAACUGAAGCAAACCAAAGAGAGAGGACUGGAGCCAAGACACUUCUGGUGGGGAAGCUUGGAUGCCUGGCUUUCUUUGAGGUCAUCUUUGGAACGAGGGUGGCUUUGGGGUGGAGGGUCGUGCUGCAGGGAACCCAGCCAGGCCCCAAGAUGGACACUUCUGGGCACUUCCAUGACUCGGGGGUGGGGGACCUGGAUGAAGACCCCAAGUGUCCCUGUCCAUCUUCUGGGGACGAGCAACAGCAGCAACAGCAACCGCCACCACCGCCAGCGCCACCAGCAGUCCCUCAGCAGCCUCCGGGACCCUUGCUGCAGCCUCAGCCUCCGCAGCUUCAGCAGCAGCAGCAGCAGCAGCAGCAGCAGCAGCAGCAGCAGCAGCAGCAGGCUCCAUUGCACCCCCUGCCUCAGCUUGCCCAACUCCAGAGCCAGCUUGUCCAUCCUGGUCUGUUGCACUCUUCUCCCACGGCUUUCAGGGCUCCCACUUCAGCCAACUCCACCGCCAUCCUCCACCCUUCCUCCAGGCAAGGCAGCCAGCUAAAUCUCAAUGACCACUUGCUUGGCCACUCUCCAAGUUCCACAGCCACAAGUGGGCCUGGUGGAGGCAGCCGACACCGGCAGGCCAGCCCCCUGGUGCACCGGCGGGACAGCAAUCCCUUCACGGAGAUAGCUAUGAGCUCCUGCAAAUACAGCGGUGGGGUCAUGAAGCCCCUAAGCCGCCUCAGCGCCUCUCGGAGAAACCUUAUCGAGGCCGAGCCCGAGGGCCAACCCCUCCAGCUCUUCGGUCCCAGCAACCCCCCAGAGAUUAUCAUCUCCUCCAGGGAGGAUAACCAUGCCCACCAGACUCUGCUCCAUCACCCCAACGCUACCCACAACCACCAGCAUGCCGGCACCACUGCCGGCAGCACCACCUUCCCCAAAGCCAACAAGCGGAAAAACCAAAACAUUGGCUAUAAGCUGGGACACAGGAGGGCCCUGUUUGAAAAGAGAAAGCGGCUGAGUGACUAUGCUCUGAUUUUUGGGAUGUUUGGAAUUGUUGUUAUGGUGAUAGAGACCGAACUGUCUUGGGGUUUGUACUCAAAGGAUUCCAUGUUUUCGUUGGCCCUGAAAUGCCUUAUCAGUUUAUCCACCAUCAUCCUGCUUGGUUUGAUCAUCGCCUAUCACACAAGGGAAGUACAGCUCUUUGUGAUCGACAAUGGUGCAGAUGACUGGCGGAUAGCCAUGACCUACGAGCGUAUCCUCUACAUCAGCCUGGAGAUGCUGGUGUGUGCCAUCCACCCCAUUCCUGGAGAGUACAAGUUCUUCUGGACUGCACGCCUGGCCUUCUCCUAUACCCCGUCUCGGGCAGAGGCUGACGUGGACAUCAUUCUGUCCAUCCCCAUGUUCCUGCGCCUGUACCUGAUCGCCCGAGUCAUGCUGCUGCACAGCAAGCUCUUCACUGACGCCUCCUCCCGAAGCAUCGGGGCCCUCAACAAGAUCAAUUUCAACACCCGGUUCGUCAUGAAGACGCUCAUGACCAUCUGCCCCGGCACGGUGCUGCUGGUGUUCAGCAUCUCUCUGUGGAUCAUCGCUGCCUGGACUGUGCGAGUCUGUGAAAGGUACCAUGACCAGCAGGACGUAACUAGUAACUUUCUGGGUGCCAUGUGGCUCAUCUCCAUCACGUUCCUUUCCAUUGGCUAUGGGGACAUGGUGCCCCACACAUACUGUGGGAAAGGUGUCUGUCUUCUCACUGGCAUCAUGGGUGCAGGCUGCACCGCCCUUGUGGUAGCUGUGGUUGCCAGAAAGCUCGAACUCACCAAAGCAGAGAAGCACGUGCACAACUUCAUGAUGGACACUCAGCUCACCAAACGGAUCAAGAACGCCGCCGCCAAUGUCCUCCGGGAAACAUGGCUAAUCUAUAAACACACAAAGCUGCUAAAGAAGAUUGACCACGCCAAAGUCAGGAAACACCAGAGGAAGUUCCUCCAAGCUAUCCAUCAACUGAGGGGUGUCAAGAUGGAACAAAGGAAGCUGAGUGACCAAGCCAACACCCUGGUGGACCUUUCCAAGAUGCAGAACGUCAUGUAUGAUUUAAUCACGGAGCUCAAUGACCGGAGUGAAGACCUAGAGAAGCAGAUUGGCAGCCUGGAGUCCAAGCUGGAGCACCUCACAGCCAGCUUCAAUUCCCUGCCCUUGCUCAUCGCAGAUACCCUGCGCCAGCAGCAGCAGCAGCUGCUCACUGCCUUCGUGGAGGCCCGGGGCAUCAGUGUGGCAGUGGGAACUAGCCACGCCCCUCCCUCUGACAGCCCUAUCGGGAUCAGCUCCACCUCUUUCCCAACCCCAUACACAAGUUCAAGCAGUUGCUAAAUAAAACUCCCCACUCCAGAAGCA